CCCCAUUCUUUUUUUUUUUUAAAUUCCAUUUUAUUUUUCUUUUGUCAUACUUUUUUUUUUCCCGUUUUCGUUUUCUUGUGUUCAUCAUCCUCUUCGUCCUUUUCUUCCUCCUCUCGAUCGGAGAACAGUAACACCUCUUUGUUUGAUUCAAUCACGCCGAGAAGGGAGGCUAUAGAGCGAAAGGUCUCUGGUGGUUUCUUCCAUGGAAGACGAAGAAGUGACUAGUUCUGACGUAUUUUCUCUGCUCAGUUCGAUUUGAUUACCGGUGCUUUUCGAGCUCUCGAGCUACAAGAAGAAACUAGGGUUCGUUUCGUUUUGCCGGAAUUGAAGGUAGGUGAACGGGAUUAUCUGAUGGACGGAAGCCAAUCCGAUGAUAGCUCUCAAUCUGAGAGAGGUGUGGAGCAUAUCUAUGAAGCGUUUAAAUGCCCGUUGACGAAGAAAGUGAUGCUAGAUCCGGUCACGUUGGAGAACGGCCGAACAUUCGAGCGUGCAGCGAUUGAGAAGUGGUUCGAGGAAUGUAGAGAAAAGGGUCAUCCUCCAACUUGCCCUAUAACUUCACAAGAACUGAGUACAACAGAUCUAAGCCCUAGCAUUGCUUUGCGUGACACCAUUGAAGAGUGGAGAGCAAGGAAUGAAGCUAUUAAGCUCGAUAUUGCCCGGCAGUCACUCUAUACAGGAAAUGACGAGUCCGAUAUCUUGCAGGCUUUGAAACACGUACGAGAAGUUUGCAGGAACAGCCGAUCAUAUAGGCACGGUGGUCUACACAAUUCCCAACUUACCCGUAUGAUUAUCGAAAUGUUAAGGAGUAGUAGUCGUAGAGUGAGGUAUAAGGCUUUACAAACUCUUCAAGCAGUGGUUGAGGAAGACGAUGAGAGCAAGGCAAUAGUAGCUGAAGGGGAUACCGUCAGGACAAUAUUUAAGUUCUUACGUGAACCGUCAAAUGGUAAGGAGGCAGCCAUCUCGUUGUUGUUUGAGCUCACAAAAUCGGAAGCCUUGUGCGAGAAGAUCGGUUCACUCCAUGGAGCGAUUCUUUUGUUGAUUGGCAUGACAAAGAGCAAAUCGGAAAGUGUUACAACUGUCGAGAAAGCUGACGGUACGUUGAAAAACUUGGCUUGCUCUGAGGAAAAUGUACGGCAGAUGGCUACAAAUGGUAGACUUCAGCCCGUUCUAGCAAAACUCCUCGAAGGUUCACCCGAAACAAAACUCUUGAUGGCUUCCUUACUUGGGGAGCUUGCCUUGAACAACGAAGUGAAAGUUCAAGUGGCUCAAACUGCGGGUUCUUCUCUUAUCAAUCUUAUGAAAACCCGUGACCUGAAACAGCGGGAAGCCGCUUUACGAGCUCUUAACAACAUCUCGUCGUUCGAGGGAAGUGCCAAGGUAUUGAUAGAGACAGGAAUCCUCCCACCGCUUAUCAAAGAUCUGUUUUAUGUCGGGCCAAACAAUCUUCCGAUCCGGCUGAAAGAAGUGUCGGCGACUAUCCUUGCCAAUAUAGUGAACACCGGUUACGAUUUCGACAAAGUUUCUGUCGGAUCUUCUGAUCAAACCCUUGUUUCGGAAGAAGUAGUGGAGAAUCUGCUCCGUCUGAUUAGCAACACGGGUCCGGAAAUCCAAUGCAAGCUAUUAGAGGUACUUGUCGGGCUAACCAGUUCUCCGACCACUGUUCUUAGCGUUGUAUCGGCUAUUAAAACUUCCGGUGCCAUCAGCAGUCUGGUUCAGUUCAUCGAGGUCCGUGAGAACGAUGAUUUACGUCUUGCCUCCAUUAAACUUCUUCACAACCUCUCUCCGCACAUGAGUGAAGAUCUAGCCGCUGCUUUGCGUGGUCCAACCGGGCAGCUCGGGAGCCUUGUUUCUAUCAUAUCCGAGAAUACGCCCAUUGCAGCAGCUGCCGGGCUUUUAGCUGAACUUCCCGAGAGGGAUUCGGGUAUUACGCAACAAAUGCUAGGAGAAGGAGCUUUCGAGAAAAUAAUCUCGAAGGUUGUGGGGAUCUGGCAAGGCGAAAUCAAGGGAGUUCGGUUCGAGAGAUCUAUUCUGGAAGGGCUUGUACGUAUCCUUGCUCGGAUUACAUUCGCCUUUGCCAGGGAGCCGAGGGCCAUCGUGUUCUGCCGUGAAAACAACCUCGCUUCGAUCUUCGUUAACCUGCUUUCCAACGGGCAAGACAAUAUCCAGAUGGUUUCCGCAAUGGCAUUAGAGAAUCUCUCGUUGGAAUCCAGGACACUGACGAGAAUACCCGAGACACCUCCCCCGACAUUCUGCGCAUCGAUCUUCUCCUGUCUGAGCAACCCGCCUCCCGUAACGGGAACCUGCAGGAUCCAUCGGGGAAUAUGCUCGUUGAGAGAGAGUUUCUGCCUCGUAGAAGGACGGGCGGUGGAUAAACUGGUGGCCCUUCUCGACCACGACAACGAGAAGGUGGUAGAGGCAGCGGUCACGGCUCUGUGUACGCUGUUGGAAGACGGGUUAGACGUCGAGAGAGGGGUGAGGGUACUGGAUGAGGCGAACGGGAUAACGCCGAUACUGAACGUUCUGCUCGAGAAUAGGACGGAGAAUCUGAGGAGGAGAUCGGUAUGGGCCGUGGAGAGGAUCUUACGGGUGGAAGAGAUAGCGAGGGAGGUAGCGGAAGAACAGAACGUGAGCGCCGCGCUCGUGGACGCGUUCCAGAACGCGGAUUACAGGACGAAGCAGGUAGCGGAAAACGCCUUGAAGCAUAUCGAUAGGAUACCCAACUUCUCCGGCAUAUUCUCUAACAUUGCGUGAAGAAAAAAAAAAAAAAAGGCUUCCAGUAUUUGAUCUCUUCUGGUUUGAUUUCAGACAACUCUGGGUAUAUAUAUAUGUAUUGUAUAUGCAUAUUUAUAUUUGUGUGUGUGAUUUGAAGCUGUUUGAUUUGGUUAUUUCUAAGAUUGUGAUUUUGUGGUGUUGGAUUUUGA